GCUUCCGUACAAUGGACUACUCCAGCCACAACAUCAACUAGCUACCUAAACCUACUUUUACAAUCAUUGUUGUCAAAUAACUUCAAAAGUGGUAUAUCUUCAGCGUGUGUCACAUCCUAUCCGGACGAAAUAGCAUAAAAUAGGUAUUCGCAACAUGCUAGCUAUAAACAGUAAGCUUGCAAUGAAAUUAAAAUUAACCGACAGUCAGCAAGCAAGCUAACGUUAGCUAGCUCUGACAGGACAGCUAGCUUUCUAGUUAGCUAAUGACGUUAACAGUUUGGUUGUGAAGUUGCCGAGGUUUUACAUAGUUUUGACGUAUUACUGAAGGUUAGUUAACUAGCUGUAAUUGUCUAUAACCGGUUAGCGUAGCUACAAAUGAGUAGCUAGCUAGUUGCUAAUUUCAGUUUGUCAAAAAUAUUGUUGAAAAAGGUAGCUAGCUAGCAAGACAUAGGCCACUCGCUACUAUGUAGCCAGUUUAAUGCUGUCUGGUCAGUUCGGCGCUAUAUUGUAAUCAAACCAGUGCUAGAGAGAUCAGCAGCAGUUAACGUUAGUCUGUUGUAGUAGGCAAUAACAUCCGAGUGGACACAGUUAUCUAGCUAGCUACAGACGUAAGAUUCUGGUUUAUUAUUAAUACAGUGUUAGCUAGUAUUUUCGUUUUAGUAGUAGAUUAGGCAGAACAGCGGGAUGUCUAGGGGAUUAAGUCUAGCAAUGAUAUUGUUUAGAAAAUAAAACAACAAAACUAUGUUUAUAAUGCAUGCAACGGCUCCCAAAUUAAUUCGUACAUAAGGCUACAUUUGUUAUUUUCUUUGACUACAUAAAAUCUGAUGCGUCUGAGGUUAUUAUACAAAACACCUCAGCUAAAUCGGUUUAUUUAUUUUGAAGAGUAGCCACAUAAACAUUUGAAAUGUCUGGAGACGGCUCGGAUAGUAGUAGUAGCGAGGACUCCGAUACUGGGAUCCGGAGGAAAGCCUGCACUGUCAAACAUGAGAUCACCAAUGCAAACCUCACGGGCCAUACUGAGAGAGUGGGCAUGGAGAACUUUGAGCUUCUCAAAGUCUUGGGCACAGGAGCCUAUGGGAAAGUGUUUCUGGUCAGAAAGAACAGUGGUCAUGAUGAAGGGAAGCUGUAUGCCAUGAAGGUGUUGAAGAAAGCAGCCAUUGUUCAGAAGGCAAAGACUGCAGAGCACACACGUACAGAGAGACAGGUGCUGGAACACAUCCGCCAGUCCCCGUUCCUGGUCACACUGCACUACGCCUUCCAGACCCAGACUAAGCUCCAUCUUAUCUUGGACUAUGUGAGCGGAGGGGAGAUGUUCACACACUUGUACCAGCGAGAUCACUUCUCUGAGGAAGAGGUGCGGAUUUACAUCGGGGAGAUUAUCCUGGCCCUGGAGCACCUCCACAAGCUGGGCAUCGUGUACCGGGACAUCAAGUUAGAGAACAUCCUCUUGGACAGCGAGGGACAUUUAGUGCUGACAGAUUUUGGGCUUAGCAAAGAGUUCCUGGAGGAGGAGAAGGAAAGGACAUAUUCGUUCUGUGGCACCAUAGAGUACAUGGCUCCAGAGAUCAUCAGGGGGAAGUCUGGUCAUGGAAAGUCGGUAGAUUGGUGGAGUCUGGGGAUCCUGAUGUUUGAGUUACUGACGGGGGCGUCACCAUUCACCUUGGAGGGGGAGAGGAACUCCCAGAGUGAGGUGUCCAAGCGCAUCUUACAUUGUGAGCCGCCGUUCCCCUCUAUGAUCGGCGCCGUGGCUCAGGACCUGUUGAGGAAGCUGUUGGUCAAAGACCCCCACAAGAGACUGGGCUCUGGGCCCCGAAGGGCCGAAGACAUCAAGACUCAUGCCUUCUUCAAGGGUCUCAGUUGGUCAGACCUGGCUGAGAAGAAGGUAGUCAGCCCGUUCAAACCAGAGAUCAGGAGUGAGCUGGAUACAGGAAACUUUGCUGAGGAGUUCACUGGCAUGAAUCCUCUCUACUCUCCAGCCAGCACCCCACCAAGCACUGAUCGACUGUUCCAGGGCUAUUCUUUCGUUGCUCCCUCCAUUCUGUUCAACAAGAACGUGGUGAUGGGGGACUUCAUGGAGGGCCAGAUGGGAGCAGAGCGACCGGGCUCAUCCACUGUCCGUCGCAGUGCUAUGUUAGCGGACUCUACGUUCUUCCAGCUGUAUGAGCUGUACCUGCAGGGGGCGCCCCUGGGCGAGGGCAGCUUCUCUGUGUGCAGGAAGUGUCGACACCACCAGAGUGGCCAUGAGUACGCCGUUAAGAUCAUCAGCCGCAGAAUGGAGGUGAACACUCAGAGGGAGAUUGCUGCCCUCAGGCAGUGUGAGGCUCACCCCAACAUUGUCAAACUGCAUGAGGUCUACACUGAUCAGUUCCAUACGUACCUGGUGAUGGAGCUGCUGCGUGGGGGGGAGCUGCUGGAGAGGAUCAAGAAGAAGAAGCUGUUUGGGGAAUCAGAGGCCAGUCAGCUGCUCAGGAGCCUUGUGUCAGCUGUUGGCUUCAUGCACGAGGCUGGAGUGGUGCAUAGAGACCUCAAACCAGAGAAUGUGCUGUUUGCAGACGAGGGGGAGGACUCGGUGCUGAAGGUGAUAGAUUUUGGUUUUGCCCGGCUGUGCCCUGCGGGCAGCGCCCCCCUGCAGACGCCCUGCUUCACACUACAGUACGCUGCUCCUGAGCUCUUCCACAGCACCGGUUACGACCAGGCCUGCGACCUCUGGAGCCUUGGGGUCAUCCUGUACACCAUGCUGUCAGGACAGGUGCCCUUCCAGAGUAAGCAGCAGCAGCGAGCGGGGAUGACCUCAUCUUAUGCUGCUGACAUCAUGCAUAAAAUUAAAGAGGGAGACUUCUCGUUGGCUGGAGAAGCCUGGAAGGGUGUGUCAGGGGAGGCUAAAGAGCUUGUGAAAGGGCUUCUGACGGUGGAUCCAGAGAGGCGUCUCAAGCUGUCUGCUCUGAGAGAGAACAGCUGGCUGCAGGGCGGGGCUAUCCUAUCCUCCACCCCCCUCUGCACCCCAGAUGUGCUCGAGUCCAGCGGCCCCAUCGUCCGCUCCUAUGUCAACGCCACCUACAAGGCGUUCAACAAGGGGAAGAGGGAGGGCUUCUUUCUGAAGAGUGUUGACAACGCCCCCCUUGCAAAGCGACGCAAGCUCAAGAUGACAAGUACAGGUGUGGAGACUCGACGGAGCUCCUCUUGCUCAUCCUCUUCUUCCUCUUCCUCAGCUGCCUCUGCUGCUGCAACAAACUCAAAAACACAGCCACCACACCAAACUCUGCCCCCGAAGCUAGAAAAGCACUAGAAGGGGAGGAGGGGGAAGAGUGGGAGGAAUAAAGUUAGAAGAAGGAAGCACAUUCAGAUAUGACAGAUUGGGAUACUGUCUCUGAAAGACCAGAGAUGACUUGAUUCGAAUUCCAAAGUCAUCUAGAAUCUCCAAAUUCUAAGUCUAAGAGCUUAUUUAUGAACCAACUAAGAGACGAGUUAAAUAUUUAAGGAUUCACCUCCCUGUUUUCUAGAAAGACGAUGCUUUUUGCAUUGUCGUAAUGAUGCAAUGACUUUUAUCUAUAUGUGUUUCUACCAUUUGCAGUAAACUGCAGUAGCUUGUACCAUCUCGUUUAAUUUUCUCAAGAAAUUAACUAACAUGUAAUUUCUUGAAUGGAAAUAUGCUUUAGACCAGUGUUUUCAUAACUCUGGUCUAGAGGAUAAAUAUCAGUAUGGUAGGUUAUGGAAGACUGUUGGCUUUAAGGUCAUACUAAGGAAGGUUUCAGUCACCUUGCCAGGGUGAUGAUGAUGAGCAUGCAGUUAUCCCGAUGUUAACAUGUUCUCAGUACCAGAGGGAGGGAGGGAGGCAGGGUGGAGGGAGGGAGGCAGGGUGGAGGGAGGGAGGCAGGGUGGAGGGAGGCAGGCAGGCGGGGAGGGAGGCAGGGUGGAGGGAGGGAGGCAGGGUGGAGGGAGGGAGACGUAAAGGGAAAUGAGGAGCCAUAAUGAGCACAAGCCAUAUAUACAUAGGGAGGUCAUGACCUCUACACCGGAGCACUUGUAGAUACAUACACAGCACUCAUCGCAUGACAAACCGAGGCAGUGGUUAGGAGUCUGUUUGAAGUCUCUCACUAUAUCUAAUGGUGUGGUUGAGAUUGAGAAAUAAUGGUGCUACUGUACUAUAUAAAAGAAAAUCUAUUAUUAUUACUGCGGACAGCUGUUCAAGUGAACUUUGACCCUGCGUGAUGAUCCCAGUCCAGUCUUUGUGACCCAGAUGUCCCAUACUGCCAAUUCACAGGAACCUUAGUUUCAUUCCCUUUGGCUUGAGAUUUCAGUAUUCUGUUGACAUUGGUCUCGCUGUGUAUACUUAACUGGUUCACUGAAGUUCACCUGCAAGUCAAAUAACGGCAUCCAUUGUCCUGUGUGUGAAUAUGUGUGCUUCAUUAAUUAACAAGCAUCAUGAUUCUGACUAAAUAAGAUAAAACGGGGAAAUAAACACUGGGUUAUGAUAAACAUUCUGAUUUGAUUUUAUAUUAUAUUCUCAUAAACAGAUGACAGUGCCCUACAGCUCAUGGUGUUGAGUUCUUAUGAGCAGAGCAACUUUUUGCUAUAUUUCUCAAAGGGACAAAUCAAAAUAUGAAUUAUUUUGUACUGUGAGUAAGAAUUGUCACCCUGAUUUAAAGAAUUUCGUGUUUUUUUUAAGACAUUUCGGUAUUUUAUCAUUGAAUGUCAGUUACACUGAUCAUUUACCAAUCACUUUUUUACCCAAAUAUAUUGACUGUUGAUUAGAUUUGUACCUGGAUAUCGCACAAAUGUAGUCAUUUAAUCAGUGAUAACACAUUUCAGCUUUAAACACAAUGCUUAUUUGAGUAUUUAUGACAUUUUAUGGGUUGUGAUGUGUUUUUCUGAUGCUGUGGUAAUGGUUUUCAGACUGAUUUACCUUUGGUGGGUUUGAGUGUAUGUGCUGUAUGCAUGUUGAUUGGUUUGCGUGUGCGCAGCGUGACUGGUUCUGGGUAUUAUAUGUGCUCUUUUCCUUAGUCUCCAGGUAAACCAUUAUUGCAAGUUAAUGUAGUAAAUAUAUAUAUUUUUCGUUAUUUCUUAUAAACAUUAUUUUGUGUCGGGAACUGUGCUUUUGUUCUAUGCUAUUGUUUGUAUUUUCAUUUGGCUGUUGAUGUCGUAUGUUGUCUUUUUAAUGUUAUGAAUUUGAGAUACUAUUUUUAAUGAGAUACUGCCCAUGCCAUGUUUUGUUGUCCUUUUUGUCAAAAAAUAUAAAAUGUUCUUCAAAGCAUAUCUUGAUAUUGAGAUACACUAUGUCACAAUAAUUUGUAAUGCUUUGUCCUGUGUCGAACACUUAAAUGUGGAGAAAAAUAAAUGAUUUUACUCAAUA